AUGGUCAUGUCAGCGAGGAAUAACCCAGAUCUGACCCCAGCUUCCUUUGUUCUGAAUGGGAUCCCAGGCCUGGAACACAUGCACAUCUGGAUCUCCUUCCCUUUCUGUUCCAUGUAUGCAGUGGCUAUGAUGGGGAACUGUGGACUCCUCUAUCUCAUCUUCUUUGAGGAUUCCUUACACAGACCCAUGUACUACUUUUUAGCAAUGCUUUCUCUAACAGACCUUGUCAUGUGCUCUAGUACAAUCCCCAAAGCCCUGUGCAUCUUCUGGUUUCAUCUCAAAGAAAUUGGAUUUGACGACUGUCUUGUACAGAUGUUCUUCAUCCAUACCUUCAUGGGGAUGGAGUCUGGAGUGCUCAUGCUCAUGGCUCUGGACCACUAUGUAGCCAUUUGCUACCCUCUGCAUUACUCCACCAUUCUCACCAAUCCUAUCAUUGCCAAGAUUGGGUUAGCCACCUUCCUGAGGGGCGUUCUGCUAAUUAUUCCAUUCAUAUUUCUCUCCAAGUGCCUACCCUACUUUCGAGGCAAUAUAAUAAACCAUACCUACUGUGACCACAUGUCUGUAGCCAAGUUGCCCUGUGGCAAUGUCAAGGUGAAUGCCAUUUAUGGUCUAAUGGUUGCUCUCUUGAUUGGGGGUUUUGACAUCCUGUGUAUCACAAUCUCCUAUAUCAUGAUUCUGAGGGCAGUGGUCAGCUUAUCAUCAGCAGAUGCUAGGCAGAAGGCCUUCAGCACCUGCACUGCCCACAUCUGUGCCAUUGUUUUCUCCUAUAGCCCAACCUUCUUGUCCUUCUUUUCCCACCACUUUGGGGGGCACACAAUCCCUCCAUCUUGCCACAUCAUUGUGGCUAAUAUUUAUCUGCUUUUGCCUCCCACUAUGAACCCUGUUGUCUAUGGAGUGAAAACCAAACAGAUACAAGACUGUGUCAUAAGGAUUUUUUCAGAGUCUAAGGAUUCCAAAGCUCACGGUAUAUAA